AUGGUUGCUCAGAAGGGAAGUUCCAUUGAUGAUUAUCAUGUUUUGGAUUUAAUUGGAGAGGGAUCUUUUGGUAGAGUGUUCAAGGGAAGGAGAAAACAAACAAGCCAAACUGUGGCUUUAAAGUUUAUUCCAAAGAAGGGAAAGAAUGAGAAGGAAUUAAAUACAUUGAGACAGGAAAUUAAUAUUCUAAGAAAGUUGGAUCAUGAAAAUAUAGUAUUGCUUCUUGAUUCUUUUGAAACGAACGAGGAAUUUUGUGUUGUGAUGGAGUAUGCACAGGGAGAAUUGUACGAAAUUUUGGAAGAUGACGAAAGAUUGCCUGAGGAAAUAGUAGUCAAAAUUGCAAGACAGCUUGUGAGUGCCUUAUAUUACAUUCAUUCGAAUAGAAUUAUUCACAGAGACAUGAAACCACAAAAUAUUCUAAUUGGAGCUGAUGGUACUGUAAAGCUUUGCGAUUUUGGAUUUGCUAGAGUAAUGUCAAACAAUACCAUGAUGUUGACAUCUAUUAAAGGUACUCCUCUGUAUAUGGCUCCAGAGCUUGUCCAAGAGCAUCCCUAUAAUCAUACAGUUGACCUGUGGUCGUUAGGAAUUAUAUUGUUCGAGUUGGUGGUUGGAAAACCACCAUUUUAUACAAACAAUUUCUUUUCAUUAAUUCAGUUAAUUGUAAAAGACACUGUAAAAUAUCCACCAUACAUAAGUCCAACAUUGAGAAGUUUUCUUAAAGGUCUAUUAACAAAGUCACCAAGCCAAAGACUUGAUUGGCCAAGAUUAUUGGACCACCCAUUUCUUCAAGAAACAAGAGAGGAGAGGUAA